UUCCUGCGGCCACAAAGAGCGGUCCUAGUGCCCUCCAUGUAUCCUAACCGCCAUUGAACCAACAAAAAAAAAAGACGAACGACGAAGCCAAGUUGGAAGUGGUCCAUGGAAAGGUUGAUAGCGCGUCCUCCUGUACUGUAGAAUGUAGUAUGGACCAUAGGACAGGACGAAGAAGUCCCGUUAAGAAGCUGUGGAGGCCUAAGAUGCUCUACUAGUCUGCUGGAAAUCCAAAGAAGACGAAGGAGUAAAAAGCAAAAUGGCGUUUGACAGAGAAGGCCUAAAUACAUGUACGCAUAUAUGUCGUUUAGUAGAUGAUACUAUGUUAGUCAUUGUUUGUAUCCGGAUACAUUAGUCUGAGCGCCUUUAUCGCGUCUUGUGCUAGUUAGCUUAGCUUGUUAGCUGCUAACAAAGAGACGCGGACGUUAUCAACACAUCGCUAAGUAGAGAUCAAAUGUGAGUGUAAAGUGUUGUGAUUGUGUGAAAAUGUGCGAAAGAGCCAUAGCAAAGUAUGAGGAGGAACUUUGUCCAACAAAAGAGGAGAAGGAGCGACAACAUCAACUACCGGACGCUGUUUUCAAGAAACAUCAAGUUGUAUUACACAGAACAGACGUCCAGCAGCCCCCUCACAUUAAAGAGGAAGAGGAGGAAGUGUGGAUCACUCAGGAGGAAGAGUGUCUUCUAGGACAGGAGGAGGCUGAUCUCAGCAAGUUUCCACUGACUGUUGUCUCUCUGAAGACUGAAGAGCAUGAAGACAAACCACCUGAGUCCUCACAGCUUCAUCACAGUCCAAAUGUCUGUGAAGAACAACUUCUGCCUGAAAAACAGGAGUGUAGCUUUGGGAUGGUGAAGGAGGAUCCAUCAAAGAGGAAGACCAGGCGCCACGAACCUUCUGGCGUCUCCUUUUCCACUUUGACACAGACCCUUCCCUGUAAAAAGGAAGAGGAAGACUCACUGACCCCCCACAUUAAAGAGGAAGAGGAGGAACACAGCAUCAGUCAGGAGGGAGAUCAUCUUGAAGGACUGGUGGAGUUCCCAGUGACUAGUGUCCCUGUGAAGAGUGAAGAUGAUGAGGUCAAAGGUGAAGGUGAGGAGAGGGGAGGGGCGGAGCCUCCAAGCAGCAGCUCAACACAACACAUGACAACAGAAGCUGAUGGAGACCACUGUGGAGGAUCACAAGCAGACAAGCUCUUAGCUCCACUAUCAGAUAGUGAGGACACAACGUCACACUCUCCUUACACUGAUGAUGAAGACUCUAAAGAUGAUAAGACAUGUCACACUGACAACACUCACUUCAAAUGUUCUCUCUGUGACAAAACCUUUAAAUUACCUUGUUAUCUGAAAAGACACAUGAGAAUACACACUGGAGAAAAACCUUUUAUAUGUUCAAUCUGUGGUAAAAGUUUUACACACAGUCAACAUUUGAUAAGACGCAUUAGAACACACACUGGAGAAAAACCUUUUUCCUGUUUAACCUGUGGUAAAGGUUUUAUACACAGUCAUGAUUUGAAAGUACACAUUAGAACACGCACUGGUGAAAAACCUUUUUCCUGUUCAAUCUGUGGUAAAGGUUUUACACAAAGUCAGACUUUGAAAAGACACAUGAGAACACACACUGGUGAAAAAUUACAUUCCUGUUCAAUCUGCAACAGAAGCUUUUGUCAACGAUCAACCCUUAGAUCACACAUGAGAAGACACUCAGGAGAGAAAGUGUUGAGUUGCAGUGUGUGUGGUGAAAGUUUCUCUUUUAAGAAGCAGUGUGAGAAACACAAGUGUGCUAGUUAGAACAGCAGCAGCAAUUGAAACUGCAGGAUUUGAAAUAAGCUGUCAAGACUUUAAAGGGUAACAUUAUCACCAGACCUUUGUAAGCGUCAAUAUGUACCUUGAUGUUGCAGAAAAAAAGACCAUAUGUUCUUUUAACCGAUUUCCGAACUCUAAAAGGGUGAAUUUGGCGAUUGAAACGCCUUUCAAUUGUUCGCUGUCGGAGCAAUGACCUUUCACCUGUGACGUUACAACGGGAAGCAAUCCGCCAUUUUCUCAAACACAUUACACACACCAAGUCAAAUCAGCUCUGUUAUUUUCCGUUUUUUCGUCUGUUUUCUGUAUCUUGGAGACAUUAUGCCUCAUGAGUGUGUUGUCGGAGGGUGUAACAACACGAACAGGGACUGAUUCAAGUUGACUUACUUGGAGUGUGUUAAUCAGACAUAUCAAUGGUCACGGCAUGCUAAUCGAUGCUAAAAUGCUAUUUAGGCUAGCUGUAUGUACAUAUUGCAUCAUUAUGCCUCAUUUGUAGCUAUAUUUGCAUCCAGCCUUUCCUUCCACCCACAUUUAAUGCCAAACAAACACAUACCAAUCGACGGAUUCAAGUUGCACCGCACCGGAAUCAGAAAAGUUUUUAUUGCCACUGUUCGAGAAUGGGUUAACAAACAAGGAAUUUUACUUUGCGCAAUCGUGCAACAUAAAAGACGUAUAAUACAGAAUAGAAUAACAUGAGCUGUAACUGAGCUACCAGAUCCUGUUAUUGUUCACGUGUCUGAUGGCCGACGGGAAAAACUGUUUAGAUGCCGGGAGGUGUGGGUCUGGAUGGACCGUAGUCUCCUGCCUGAGGGGAGAGGAGAGAAUAUUUUGUGUCCUGGGUGAGAAGAGUCAGCUGUGAUCCGCCCCACACGCCUCCUGGUCCUGGAGGAGAACAGGUCCUGGAGGGGUGGAAGUUUGCAGCCAAUCACCUUCUCAGCAGCACGUACAUUGCGCUGCAAUCGAUGCUUGUCCCGGACUGUGGCGCCAGGGAACCACACGGUGAUGGAGGAGGUGAGGAUGGACUCGAUGAUGUCUGAGUAGAACUACACCAGCAUUUCAGUCGGCACUUUCAGUAUUUUCAGUUGCCGCAGGAAGUACAUCCUCUGCUGGGCCUUCUUGAUGAGGGAGCUGAUGGUCGGCUCCCACUUGAGGUCCUGGGUGAUGGUGGUGCCCAGGAAACGGAUGGAGUCCACAAUGGAGACGGGGGUGGGAGAGUCAAUCAGGGUGAGGGGGGAUGGAGGGGCUGUGACUUUCCUGAAGUCCAUGAUCAUCUCCACUGUUUUCUGGGCGUUCAGCUCCAGGUUGUUGAGGCUGCACCAGGACGCCAGCCGGUCCACCUCUUUCCUGCAGGCGGACUCGUCGCCAUCCGAGAUGAGCCCGAUGAGAGUAGUGUCGUCCGCAAACUUGAGCAGCUUCACCGACUGGUGACUGGAGGUGCAGCAGUUUGUGUCAGGGAGAAGUGCCAGGAGGAAAUUACACAGCCCUGAGGAGUACCAGUGUUCGUGGUUCGACUGUACGAGACAAUCUUCCCCAGCCGCACGUGCUGUCUUCUGUCCGUCAGGAAGUCAUUGAUCCACCUGCAGAGGGAGUCGGGUACGCUGAGCUGGUAGAGCUUGUCUCGUAGCAGUCCAGGAAGGAUGGUGUUGAAGGCAGAGCUGAAGUUCACAAACAGGAUCCUUGCGUAGGUUCCUGGGGAGUCCAGAUGCUCCAGGAUGAAGUGGAGGGCCAGGUUCACUGCAUCAUCCACAGACCUGUUGGCUCUGUAGGCGAACUGCAGUGGGUCCAGGAGGGGGGCGGUGAUGUCCUUGAGGUGGGGCAGGACCAAACGUUCAAAGCACUUCAUGACCACAGACCUCAGCCCCACCGGCCUGUAGACAUUAAGUCCUGUGAUCCGAGCUUUCUUGGAGACAGGGACGAUGGGGGAGGUCUUGAAACAGGACGGCACGCGGCAUAGCUCCAGAGAGGUGUUAAAAAUAUCAGUGAAGACAGGAGCCAGCUGAUCCGCGCAGUGUCUCAAGGUGGAGGGAGAGACACCAUCAGGCCCGGUAGCCUUCCGCAUGUUCAGCUUCUAGAACUGCCGUCGUACAUCCUCCUCUUGGAUGGAGAGGGCCUUUUGUGAGGUCCUGUGAUGUUCUUGGAGUCUUUUAAUGACCUUGGAGUCCUUUAAGUCCUUUAAUGUAGUGCAGGA